GAGGAUGAGGAGAAGGACGAGGAUGAGCUGGAGAAGGAGGAGGAAACUUUGAAAGAGAGGAAAGAAAAGGACGAAUCACAGACAAGUCUGUUGGAGUCUGAGAACCAGCAGACAGACACAAUACCUGCUGAGCACAUCACACCUGACACACCUGCCCCAGAUUCUGAGCAUCAGGAGGAGGCCACAGACAACAGAUUCAGUCUGGGCCCAGAACCAGCACCAGAGGACCCAUCCUCAUGCCUGGCCCAGUCCCAGCCCUCCUCUGCAGACCCAGCUAAGUCAGACACAGAGAGUGGUUUAGCAGAUACUGACACCAUGGAUGGGACUUUGAGUAAAGACAUCAAAGACACUGUGUGUACUGCGCAGGAAGAGGAGAAGGAGGAGGAGGAGGAUGAAGAUCAGGAGGAUGAGGAGAAGGACGAGGAUGAGCUGGAGAAGGAGGAGGAAACUUUGAAAGAGAGGAAAGAAAAGGAAGGAUCACAUACAAGUCUGUUGGAGUCUGAGAACCAGCAGACAGACACAACACCUGCUGAGCACAUCACACCUGGCACACCUACCCCAGGAACUAUUCUGGAUGUGCUGUUGAGUGACUUGGGACUGGAACACCACCUGAAGAACAAGCUGACUCUGAGCAAGGUGCUGGAGAUUGAUGGAGAGACUUCAAGUGAUGAAAGCAUCCAGUCUCUGAAAUCUCUGCCGUGGUGUUUCCUGAGGAGGUUGAUGAUGGUGAAUGUGACUGCUAGGAAUGUGAGGUGCGCCUCAAAACAGGACAUGACUUCCCAAAACCUGGACAGCUUACUGAACACCCUGCGCAAUCCACAGGGCCACAGCAACAGAGUCAACCCCCUGGACCUCAUAACUGCUGUGUUUCUCUGCUCAGAUGGCUUUCUCCAGCAGGAGAUGGUUUUGAAAAUGUCCAUGUGCCAGUUCUCUGUGCCUCUGCUCCUUCCUAAAUGUGAUACACAGCAGUGCACUUUAAUGCUCUGGGCCAUGAGGGAUAUUGUGAAAAAGUACAAGCCGCACUCUUUGGAGGACCAAAGAGGGUUUGUGGAGGAGAACAUUGUUCUUUCUGAGCUCCCCAUGGUCUCGUUUGUGAGGCUGAGAAACAGCAGCUUGUCCAAGUCUCAGAUCCUGAACCAAGUUCUCAGCAACCCUCAGCAGUACCAUGACACCUUUGUUCACAAAAACAUGGAGUACGGUGACAACCCAAAGAGGAUUUCCAAUGGGCUGGUGGAGAUCAGCUGGUAUCUGCCCUGUGGGAAGAGAAACAUUGACAUCUUCUCUGAGCCACUGGCUAUAGCUAACCUCCGUGGGGACCUCAGGGACUUUGAAACUCAGUACGCUUUCCUUUGUCACAACUCUGCUGCCGUAUUUGUGUUUUGUGAUGAUUUUGGGUCUGAAUACAAAUUUUUGGAGUCCCAGCACCUGAAAGAUCAUUGGUUCUGGAUCAUCAAUUCACAGAGCAAGAGCUUCAAUGAAGGUGAUUUCAGCAGAUGUGUUUCUGAGUUAGAGCUACAAACCAGCAACAUCAUCAUAAGGGGUCCGCAGAUGAAUGAUGCAGAAUUCAUCAAAACCCUGCGUUUGGGUAUCAGUGGAAUUUUAAAGGGAAACGUGAUCAAAAUGAGCAUUGAACGGAUGUCUGAUGUUGCCCAUGAGCUUGGAAUCCAUGUUGAUGAAGAUUACAUUUACUGUCAGAGGGGCAAGCAGAACGCUGAUGAAAUCACAGAAAGGAUAUCUGAUAUACCAAGCUUCAAGGAGAAAGAGCUGCCCUUGCAAGGGACUGCAUGGAAACAGCUGGCCAAACUGGAGAAGGAAGAGUGCAGGAUGAAAAAUGCUGGGGAGAGAAACAUUGAAGUUUACAGGAACGAGCUUGCAGAACAGAAGCAGAAGCUCAGAGCACAGCAGAGGGCUCACAAAAUCUCAGAGUCUAUGUCCCGUUUCAUCUCUGCAAUGUCUGGUUCCACAGAGGAGCGCAAGUAUUUCCUCAAGUGGAUGAGGAUCAACCUGGACAACCUGUCACGCAAAAGCCUUCCACGCCUUCAGGCCGAGUACAAGGAACAGUGUCAGAAUUCUCAGGAAAACAAGGAGCUCAUUGCAGAGUUGGACAGGAAGAUCUCCAGUUGCUCCUUGGGGGCGGAGCACUUCCUGCGGGAAAUGGGUCAGCUGUACGAGUCGGCCUGCUCACUCCCCAAAUUCCCCACCCCUCAAAUUCAGCACCUGCCACGUCUGGCUGCCGAGCUGCUGCAGGAAGGCUUUCCUCUAGAGCUGGUGGAUGGAGAUGCAUCCAACAUUCCUCUGCAGUGGGUGACACAGGUUCUGAAGGAACUCCAUCAACUAACACAGUAUAAAUGUAAGAUCCGGGUGGUGACUGUACUGGGGGUGCAGAGCACUGGGAAGUCCACCCUCCUGAACACCAUGUUCGGGGUCCAGUUUGCCGUCAGUAGUGGCAGGUGCACGAGAGGGGCCUUCAUGCUCCUCAUCAAAGUAAACAAGGAUUUUAAAGAGCAGCUUGGGUGUGAUUACAUCAUGGUUAUUGACACUGAAGGUCUGAAGUCAGCAGAGUUGGCCCAGUUGGAUGAUAGUUGUGAGCAUGAUAAUGAACUGGCCACUCUGGUGGUGGGGCUGAGUGACAUCACAGUCAUCAACAUCGCCAUGGAGAACUGCACAGAGAUGAAGGACAUCCUGCAGAUUGUGGUGCAUGCCUUCCUGCGCAUGAAGGAAGUUGGGAGAAAACCCUGCUGUCAGUUUGUGCACCAGAAUGUCCCAGACCUCUCUGCCCAUGACAAAAACCUGAGGGACAGGAAGCUUCUGCUGGAGCAGCUGAAUGAGAUGACCCAAGCAGCAGCUAAGAUGGAGAAGAGGGGAAACAACAAAAAAUUUACUGAUGUCAUGGAGUACGAUCCAGAGAGAAACACCUGGUACAUCCCUGGGCUCUGGCAUGGCAACCCUCCCAUGGCACCAGUGAAUGCUGGCUACAGUGAGUCUGUGAAUCUGUUCAAGCAGAGUGUGAUUGAGCAUUUUAAGAAACACAAAUCUGGAAAGAGCUCACCACACACAUUCAUUGAGUUCCUAGAAUGGACCAGGAGUUUGUGGAGCGCAGUGAAGUAUGAGAACUUCAUCUUCAGUUUCCGCAACAGCCUGGUGGCUGAUGCUUAUGCUCAGCUUUGCACUGAGUUCAACACAUGGGAGUGGGCCUUCAGGAAGAGCAUGUACUCCUGGUUAAGCCAAGCUGAGACAAGGGUGUCAAACUCUGGUUCAGUGGCAGCACAGUCUCAGCCAUUCUUCAAUGUGGAUAACUUGAUGAGCAGCCUGAAACAUGAGGCCUCUGUAGAACUGGCUAAAGGGGAGAAGCGAAUUAUGGACAAACUCACUGAAUUCUAUGAUAGACCAGAGGGACACGUUCACUUGGUAGAGAAGUACAAGGAGGAAUUCAUGAACUCAGCCAAAGCCAUCCGGAUGGAGACAGAGCACUCUGUUAUAAACAGACUAGAUGCCACAGUGGAGAUUAGAAAGGGUAUGUUCAGGUUAGAGAAAAUCAAGAAAAAUCAUACAGCUGCAAUGGAGCAGAAGGUGCUGGACCUGGUUGAGAACUGCAGGAAAAGUAAAGAUCUGUCAGAUCAAGAGCUGGAGACUGAAUUUGAGAAGAUGUGGAAUGAGGCUGUGAAAGAACUGCAGUUCUGUGGCCUGGAAAAACGAGAUAUUGUCCAAGAUAUCCAGCACCAGCUGUGGGCUAACUUAGAGAUGAAAGGCAGCUCAGUACGUGAAAUGCUGUCGAACGUUGGCAACUUGUCUAAAUGUGGAAGGGAGCCAUUCAAAGUGAUGAAGAGUAAAGGAAUGCUUAAAAAGAUAUGGAACACAAUUUUUGGAAAAGAGCAGAAGAUAAAAACACAAAAGAUGGCUGAUCACAUCAUUGAGUGCAGCACGAAGUUUGUAGCUGAAAAAGUGAGAACAAGGUCUGAUUACCAUAACACAUGCAUGAUCGACUUGUUUUGCAUGGUAGGUGAACACCUGGACAUGCACAGGGAUCUGGAAACAAGUGCUGAGUUUCAGGCCAAGUUGAAGAUUCACAUCUGUGGACAUGCAGCACGGGAGUUUCAAAAAAUGCACUUGGAUUUUAUCCGUGCAAAUGAUCCCCGUCACUGUAUGGAGCAGUUCAAGCAACAGUACUGCACUGACUUUAAGGACCUGUUCAAUAAAAGAGACCAGUGUCAGAAGAAAGCAGAAGAGUUCACCCACAACUGUCUUGCACCUGCAGUGAAGGAAUACAUCACCAAGUCUCUGGGUCCUGACCUUGUGGAUGAAGUGUUGACAGGAAAGAAAGCCAAGGAUUUCAGCACUCGAUCUUUCUUCCAGUUCUCAAUUCUCAAGCAGCUGCUUUCAGAUGAUAACUUUAAGGACUUUGAGAAUUAUGUAAGGAACUACGAGAGCUUUGUGCAGGACUGGAUAUUUGAGCAGAUUGUUAAGCAGUUCUCAGAGGGAGAUGGCCUGAGGAACAUUGAGAUUAAGCACAUGAAGGUGAUGGUUAAACAAUUAAAGGAAGCCAUUAAGAAUGCAGAGAUGAAAGUCAAUAAACGAGCAACAAGAAGGGGUGAAGAGGACCGAAAUAUUCAGCAGUUCAUUCAGGAUAUCUGUACUGACCUACAGGAGCUUGUCAUCCCCAAAGACCCCCUUGAAGUGGUCCUGGCCUUAAACACUGCCAAGCCAGAAGACUUUUCCCGGUGUCUGAAGGUGCUUGUGGAUGAAAUGGAGCAGUCCUUUACUGCAGAGUUUCAGGAAGGUGGGGAUGUGAGGGCCAGGCUGACCUCACUGCCCUUUCAGCCACAGAAGGAGCUGUUUAACAGGGUGUUUGGCUGUGGGAGGCAGUGUCCCUUCUGCAUGACCCCAUGUGAAGCAGGCGGAAAGAACCACACAGAGCACUUUGCUUCCAUUCACCGUCCUCAGGGGAUUGGGGCAACAAAAUAUGUGCUCUCUUGUAAACUAUCGAGUGAUAUCUGCUCCUCCUGUGUUGCCAGUGAGGGAAGAUUCAGGUCGUAUGAAACUAAGGGGAAAUGGCAUCCAUGCAAGGACUAUCGGAGCAUUUACCCUGACUGGCGCAUCCAGCCUGACACCAGCAUCCAGGCCUCAGACUACUGGAAGUACGUCUUCAACAGGUUUAACAAGCAGUUUGCCAAGGUGUAUGAAGCUAAACCAGCUGACAUUCCCUUCCAUUGGACACUAAUAACCAAAAACCAAGCCAGGGAAAGCUUGAAGGAAUCCUUCCAGAUGAAAACAGGAGAUUGAAUGGAUGUUUCAGUAUGAUGAUCUUCUGAUUGGAAUUCAUAUGAAAUAGUUUCCUCACAGGUACAAGGAAUCCUUCCAGAUUAAAACAGAAGGAGACUAAAUUAAAUGGAUUAUAUGGCCCCUGUUGCAGUCUGGUCGAAAAUUUGUUUUCUGAGUGGCAUUCAUUAAUAGCCUACUCACACAUAUCAUGGCUAAUCACAAAAAGUGCCCCAACCAAGUUGAAUUCUAUGAAAGAAAGGGCCAUAGGUUAAAAAUAAAAAUACAAUAAAAAUAAAACACAUUUCAAAAAGGGAGCAUUAAAUUAAAUCAUCACUUAUGUUAAGACAUAGUGAGAAUCACUGAUACAUACAUUACUGCAUUGUUGCAGCCUUCACUGAGCUGUCUCUGUUGCUCAGAUACAGAUAAUAACAUCAACCAGUCAUUAUACAUAUAAAACCACAUACAUGCUAAAAUGUGAUGUUACCUCUAUCAUAACCUAUGCAGCUUUUAUCUAUACACACUGUCUGAGUUAGCAUGGCUGAGCUCUGUUCAUUAUUCCACUGCUUGGAUGCAUAAUCACAGAGUGUAGCACAGUGGGUAAGGAUCUGGGCUUGUAACCGAAAGGUCGCAGGUUCGAUUCCCGGGUAAGGACACUGCCAUUGCACCCUUGAGCAAGGUACUUAACCUGCAUUGCUUCAGUUUAUAUCCAGCUGUAUAAAUGGAUACAAUGUAAAAUGCUAUGUAAAAAGUUGUGUAAGUCACUCUGGAUAAGAGUGUCUGCUAAAUGCCUGUAAUGUAAUAAUCAGGGAUGGUAACUAGGCUGAGAUAUUUUGAGUUUGUUUAAUUUUGAGACCUUCUCUAUAUCAAAAAGAAUACUUUUAAUGAAAAUAUAAAUUACAUUUUAUGUUUAUUUUUAUGCUUCCUAUAAUAAGUCUUUUCUAUUAAUACAGCACAUAACCUUCAUGUAUUAGUGGUAAUACUAUCAGCUCUUCAUCACUGCUUGCUUGGCUGUUUGAAGUCAUACAUUAUUAAGUACCUUGAUAAUCUGUUUACACAAUAGCAUAGCUUUCACCCAUUCACAUUCUUCAAAUGGUUUAAACACAUGAUUUCUUGUUGCAAUGUUAAAAGGAUUGUUGUUAUCACUUUAUGAGCCUUUGUUAUCACUUCAUAAGCCUUAAUAUAGAAAUUCACUGUUCCUGAAAAAACGAAAAUUGACCUUAGAGGCCCAAAGUUGCAACCCAUCCAUCCAUUAUCUAUACCUGCUUAUCCUGGUCAGGGACGCGGGGGCUGCUGGAGCCUAUCCCAUCAUGCAUUGGGAGAGAGGCAGGAAUACACCCUGAACAGAUCGCCACAUACACCAUCCACUCAUCCCUAUGGGCAAUUUAGAGUCUCCAGUUGGCCUGCUGACAUGUCUUUGGACUGUGGGAGGACAUGCAAACUCCACACAGAAAGGCCCAGGGAUUCGAUCCUAGGCCUGCACCACUGUGCCGCCCUUAUAGCUUUCAUGAUGACUUUAUUUUUCUUUUUUAGAAAGCUGGAUUCAAAUUUUGUUUUGCUUUUUUGCACUUAGUCAAAUUGAUGUAUUUCACCACAUGUUUGAGCACCUAUUACUUGCACAAAUGGAAUAAUCAAAAUAAAUGUUUAAUUUCAUCUGAA